AUGGACACCACUUCGCAACGAGGUGCCAGUCCUGCUGUCGGCACGUCGCAGGAAGAGCGGGACCGCAAUGUCUUGCGUCUCGCUUGUGAGAAGAAGGCAUGGAUGCCUCCCAAAUCUGUCAUGGAUCACUUGUCGGCGACGACGAGUGAUCGUUAUCGAACACGAUUGUUCGAUUCGUCAAGGAUCCAUCACCUUGACCCCAGCGCGAAAAACUAUCGCGCUGAACAUGAAUUCUUCAUCGAUGCUUUCUUUAGACAUCGAUGGUACAGUGGGAAUCACAAACGUGAUGGUCCCUCACUACUUCAGGCGUGGAACGCCUACAUCCAUAACCUCGAGGAUGUAGGUCGUGACGCUUGGAACGACAAACUUAUCAAAGCUCGUGAUAAGUUUGAAAAGCGAACCCCUACAGGUGCACGCUACAAGCUGCAUCGUCUGUCAAGGGAGAAAGGAUUACCCUGCCUCUCUUGGGGAGACUCGUGCCCAUGUUGUGUGAACAACUCUGCACGAGCACCUAAGGAGGCUUACCUCCUUACCAGCCCGUGGUGGCGCGUACGUGUCUCUACUGAGAUGUACGAAGGGAUUGACAACCUGAAAUCCCUUUACGACCGUGCCGGGAAGACUUUCUCCGGCGGUCCUUCUGCGGCACAGGAUGUGCCGCGUCGUACUGCUCAACCAGACCCAGCACGUCGAUCAUCAGUUGGGAGCGAGGCUUCCAAGAAUCCCAGGACGGGGGAUAACCGCGCCACCGGACGAGAUAACUCGUCCGACGUCCGUUCACGUCGCGAUGGUUCAACAGCUGCUCAACUAGAUAGCGCUGGCCACCGCGAGAGUCCUCUAAUGGAGGUGGAUGACGAGGAAAGACGCUCUCCACACGAUCGUUGGGAAGCGUGUGUUCCCGAGAGCCUCUUUGAUCGCGUAACGCAAGGGUUACGCGACGAUCUCGAGCAUGAGCGGAAUAGGCGUCUCCAAAUGGCGGACACUGCCUCGAAGCAUCGAGCUGAGUUUGCCUUUGCUCAGCUUGAGAACGAGAGAUCUCUAACAUCUCUUCGUGACGAGCUAAGGGUAGCUCGUGGGAUUGCUGAUCGGUCUCGGGAUGAGAUAGCUGCUCUUCAGACCCUUGUUGAUGCCCACCAUCGGGAGCACAAGGCUCUCUGCGAGAUGCUUGAACGCAAGGGCGUUCUUCAUCGGAAGAAACAGCGUACUGAUGGUACGGCUUAA